CCCCGGCGCCCCCGGGCUGAGUGACAGCUCUUAUCUCGCUGCUGACAAGCCAGCAUCCUUCAGCAGCUCUACUUAAGGCUGAGAGCCUGGGCAGCAGGGGCAGAGGAAGGUUCCCAGGGCAGAAGAAGGCUCCCAGGACAACCCUCCUGCCUGUGCCAGCCGGGGACAUGCUGCCUGCCACCUCCAAGCUCUGCGCUGCCAUCUCCUACCGGCACCUGCGCAACAUGACCGGGCUCAGGAGACAAGCUGCUGUCACCAUCAGCCAGGAGCUGAGCAAACUCGCCUGCCACAGCCCCGGCCCCGGCGCCUGGAUCACUCAGGUCCGCAGGAGGAGCUCUCUGCUCAGCUCGAGGCUGGAGGAGAAGCCCUUCAGCGAGAUGGAAAUGUCUUACAUCAAGCAAGGAGAGGAAGCCCUGCAGAAAUCACUCAGAAUCCUUGAGGACCUGGAUGACUGGAAGACAGAGACAGAGGUGCGCAACGGAGACAAAGUGCUGAGCAAGGUGCUGCCCGACGUGGGCAAGGUCUUCCGGCUGGAGGUGGUGGUGGAGCAGCCCCUGGACACGGUGUACAGCGAGCUGGUGGACAGGAUGGAGCAGAUGGGAGACUGGAAUCCCAACGUCCAGGAAGUCAAGAUCCUCCAGAAGAUUGGGAAGGACACAGUCAUCACCCACGAGAAGGCAGCUGCUGCCCCUGGGAACAUCGUUGGCCCCAGGGACUUCGUCAGCGUGCGGUGUGCGCGGCGGCGCGGCUCCACCUGCGUCCUGGCCGGCAUGGCCACCAAGUACGGAGCCAUGCCCGAGCAGGAGGGCUUUGUGAGAGCCGAGAAUGGUCCUACCUGCAUGAUCCUGCGCCCGCUGCCCGGCCGCCCCUCGCAAACCAGGCUGACCUGGCUCCUCAGCAUUGACCUGAAGGGCUGGCUGCCCAAGACCAUCAUCAACCAGGUCCUCUCCCAGACGCAGGUCGACUUCGCCAACCACCUCCGGAAGCGCCUGGCGCGGGCGGCCAGCCGCUGACCACAGCCACCCCUCCUGUCCUGCUCUGCUCAGGGGUGCAGGGUAGGGAAUCAUGUCAUGGAGACCCAGUCUAAUUACAGCCUGUGCUAAUUAGCCAAGGCCUUGAAGAGCAGAUGCCACUCAUUAACGCAGAGCUUCAGUAAGUAAAGCUUUAGUUCUUGACUCUCAUUAGGGAGGG